AUGGAAGAAUAUUUAUCCCUUAUUGAUAACCCAACGAUAAGAAGAACAUUUUCUCAAUAUAGAGUAAGUAAUCAUAAAUUGCAAAUUGAGCGAGGAAGAUACGAAAACGUUUCUCGCGAACAACGUUUCUGCAAACUUUGCAACACCGGUGAAGUGGAAAACGAAUAUCACUUAGCCUUAUCUUGCCUGAAAUACGAAGAAUUAAGAAAUAAUUCUAACAACAUUCUCAAAAAUCUAUUUUAUCUCAAUAACACAAUGGAAGGAAAACAAAAACUGUUUGAGCAUGCGAUGUCUUCAGACGAUCCAGUUCUUGUUAACCUGCUUUCUAAGUAUAUCUUUCACUGUUUUUCGGAGAGAGAUAAAAGCCUCAAAUCCAUGGAAGAUUAG